AUGAGGCCUUCUCUGCUCAGGCUCAACGAAAUUUCAAAGGCAGCAAGCUAUUGUAAGAAUAAUGUGAGGAGAUUUGACUACUCCGCCCAUCUCUGUGGCUAUUUCUACCCCAGAUACGCACAAGAUGAUUACUUUGCUUUAAAAGCCUGGAAUAUUGAGCUGGCGACGAUCAAAGACAGCACAAGUAAAGACAUGAUUGCUGCUAUGAGAAUGCAAUUCUGGAAAGACGCUAUUAACAACAUCUACAAAGGCAAGAUGACAAAGGAGCCAACAGCCACAGCUCUCUUCGAGUCUGUGCAGAGGUACGAACUCCCCAGGCAGUCCUUCAUCAACGUUAUCGAGGGAAGGGAGCGUGAGUUAAGUAUUGAAACUCCAAGGGACCUUCAAGGCCUCGGGACAGUAUUGGAGUUGACGCAAUCUUCUCUUUUGCAUCUCCAGCUGGAACUGCUUCUGCCUCAGCUGACGGAAAUCGACGAGCUCGAGAAAGAAAACUAUCAAAUAGCAUUGAGCCACAUUGGCAAGAGUAUAGGGCUCUCUACGCUGCUCAGGGCACUCCCUUAUCAUGCCGCCAAAGGUAGACUGGUUAUACCUUCGGAUAUCACGGCUAAUCAUGGCGUUGUGGAGGAAGAAGUCCUGCGCAAACUAGAUAAAAUAGAUGGGGAAUCUGCGAACAGACUCUCUGAUGCCACAUUCGAAUUCGCAACUGAAGCAAAUGACCAAUUGAUCGCUGCUCGAAGUCUACUCAAAGGCGGGAUAAGGAAGCAGCUCAUGCCGGUGUUUCUUAGUGCCGUGCCUCCACAGUCAUACCUCAAUCGAUUGGAGAAAUACGACUUCAAUCCAUUCAACAUGCUCCCGUUACGCAGAUCGCUGUUAAGCAGCAGAGUUAGCAGUAGGAGGCUGCUAUCCACUUCCAUCAGGCUCUACCAAGAUCCACUCAAGCAGCCACCGGCUCCAUUUGAUGCUUUCUCCACGUCUGGGCUCGAUCACGCUUACCUCGAAGCUGCCUACGGUUCGUGGAGGCAAGACGGCAAUUCUGUGCAUCCGUCAUUCGCCACCUACUUCGAAGCUUUAGAGAAUGGCGUGGACCCUUCUGAGGCUUUUGUGCCUCCACCAAAAUUGGCGGGUGCUCUGGCUGAAUCUGCCGGUUCUCCCAAGCAUACCGAUUUAGGCGAUCACUUGAAGGCUCAACUUCUUGUCCGCGCCUACCAAGUCCGUGGUCACCACCUCGCUAGCUUAGACCCACUCAAUCUCACCCAAACUGAUAGAACCAAUAUGGCCCCAGCUGAGCUUAAGAUUGAGAACUACGGCUGGUCUGAACGUGAUUUGGAUCGCCAGAUUAGCUUGGGCCCUGGUAUUCUCCCUCGUUUCGCUAUCGACGGACGGAACAAAAUGUCUUUGCGCGAAAUCAUCAACACUUGCGAGCAAAUCUACUGCGGUCCAGUUGGUAUUCAAUACAUUCACAUACCAGACAAAGAUCAAUGUGAUUGGAUGCGUAAGAGAGUUGAAAUUCCUCACCCUUGGAGAUACAAUAUUGAAGAGAAGAGCAACAUUCUCGACAGACUCUUGUGGUCGACCAGCUGGGAACAAUUUAUUGCUGCCAAAUUCCCUAAUGAAAAGCGUUUCGGUUUGGAGGGUGCUGAGUCUCUCAUUCCAGGUAUGAAGGCUCUCAUUGAUAGAGCUGUCGAUCACGGCACGAAACACAUCACCAUCGGUAUGCCUCACCGUGGUCGUCUUAACGUUCUCUCCAACGUCAUCAGAAAGCCUUCUGAAGCCAUAUUUAACGAAUUCACUGGUGCAAACGAUGACACUCAGUCUGGCGGUGGUGACGUCAAGUACCACUUGGGUGCCAACUACACUCGUCCUACACCAUCAGGAAAGAAAGUCAACUUGUCUCUCGUAGCCAAUCCAUCUCACUUGGAGGCUGAGAACCCAAUUGUCUUAGGUAAGACUCGUGCUCUGCAACACAUAGAAGGCGAUGAAGGUAAGGGUGAUUCUUCACUCGGGUUACUUUUGCACGGUGACGGUGCUUUCGCCGCUCAAGGUAUCGUUUACGAGACCCUUGGUAUGGUCAACUUGCCUAACUAUGGUACUGGUGGUACCAUCCACGUUGUUGUCAACAACCAAGUUGCUUUCACUACUGAUCCGCAAGACUCUCGUUCCACUGCCUACCCAACAGAUAUCGCUAAGUCUAUUGAUGCGCCAAUUUUCCACUGCAACGGUGACAACGCUGAAGCAAUCACUUUCGUGUUCCAAUUAGCUGCAGACUUUAGAGCCAAGUUUAAGAAGGAUGUUGUAAUUAAUCAGGUCUGCUACAGAAAGCACGGUCACAACGAAUCAGACCAACCUUCGUUCACUCAGCCAGUCAUGUACGAGGCUAUCGCCAAGCAACCAACUGCUCUCUCAAAGUACGUCAAGCAACUUCAACAAGAAGAAGCUUUCACCGAGACGCAAAUGGAAGAGCAUCGUAAGGCAGUCUGGUCAAAGCUCGAGGGUGCAUUUAACAACGCCACCAAUUACAAACCUCAUGGUCGUGAAUGGUUGAGUUCAUCUUGGGAGGGUUUCCCCUCACCUGAUGAUCUCGCUGCCAGAGUGCUCCCAACAGCAGCCACGGGCGUGAAGCAAGAGACAUUAGAGAACAUUGGCAAAGUUAUCUCAACUUUCCCAGAUGGAUUUACACCACACAAGAACUUGGCCAGAAUUAUCAACAAUCGCGGUAAGAUGGUUAUGGAAGGAAAGGGUAUUGAUUGGUCAACUGCCGAGUCAUUAGCUCUUGGUUCAUUAGCACUUGAGAAGAUACACGUCAGAUUAUCUGGACAGGAUGUCGAAAGAGGUACCUUCUCACAGAGACACGCUAUACUGGUUGACCAGGAGAAUGAGUCACUGUACAUGCCUCUAAACCAUCUUGGUAGCAGACAGGCGGGAGUUGUCGUCUGUAACUCAUCACUCUCUGAAUUUGGUGCUCUUGGUUACGAACUUGGUUACUCACUUGUGUCACCAGACAACUUGACCAUUUGGGAGGCACAGUUUGGUGAUUUCGCUAACAACGCUCAGUGUAUUAUCGAUCAAUUCAUUGCAUCGGGUGAGCGUAAGUGGCUUCAGCGUAGUGGUUUAGUUAUGUCGCUUCCUCACGGUUACGAUGGACAAGGACCAGAGCACUCAAGUGGUAGAAUAGAAAGAUUCUUGCAGUUGGCUGAUGACAGUCCAUUUAAGGUACCAACAGAGGAGGAAAUGGCUCGUCAGCAUCAAGACUGUAACAUCCAGGUUGUCUACCCAACCACGCCAGCGAACUACUUCCACGUUCUUAGACGUCAAGUCCACAGAGACUUCCGUAAACCACUCAUUCUCUUCUUCAGCAAAUCGCUUCUCCGUCAUCCUAUGGCGCGUUCAGAAUUGAGUGAAAUGACUGGUCAGACUCAAUUUGAGAGAUAUCUGCCAGAAAAUCAUGAAAAGAUGGUCGAGCCUGAGAAAGUACGCAAGCAUAUAUUGUGUUCAGGACAAGUGUACCACACACUCUACAAGGAGAGGGAAGAAAGACAAGCUUAUGAUGUAGCGAUUUCAAGAGUAGAGCAAAUCUCACCAUUCCCAUAUGACUUGAUUGGAGAGCACUUGGAUAAAUACCCUAAUGCUGAAAUAACUUGGUGUCAGGAAGAGCCAUUGAACAAUGGAGCGUGGUCAUAUGUUUCACAAAGAUUGCUUACGUUGGUGAAGCAAACGAAGCAUCACUCGGAACGCUGGCCACAGUAUGUGGGUAGAGAUCCAUCUAGCUCGGUAGCGACAGGAUCCAAGGCAGUGCAUUUGGCUGAAAUACAGAAGAUACUGGACGGUGCAUUUUCAACUGAGCCAGGAAACACAAGAUUUGCUGCUUCAUGGUGA